CACACAGAUGGCCAGUCCGCCCCUGCAUGGGACACAAACCGCAGUCUCUUGGGGAGAGAACCAAGCUGGUGUACUCCAUGUACAGCCGCAUGUCUGCAGACACAGUGAAGGGGAACCUGGUGACGCUGGGGGUGGACUUCUUCGUCCUGGAGGAUUCCUGGUGCACCCGGAGAACCAGGCCCGGGUGCAGCAUGCCAGAGAUCUGGGACAUUGAGGAUUCCCAAAACGUUGGUAAAGGUCCCCUUUGCACCCACAUGUCCAGAAGCUCACGACCCCACUUCACCACAGUCUUCUCCAACGACAUCUACAAAGUUCUUAAAGUCUCCAAAGAUCUCAGAUAACACCGUGAGAUGGACUAGUUCAGCACCUGUUGAUCUUUCACUAGGUUUUGAUCAGUCACUGACAUUGCUGCUUUUUACUCGAAGCCCAACAGUUCCCCCUCUUUGCGGUGCUCUGAGUCACUGAGCGGUUGGACAUUUCGCCCUGACUUCUCAGUAUCUGUGGACUGUUGCCAUCUUUACUGUUGCAUUGUUUUCAUACAGCAAUGUUUCCAUUACGCCAAAAGGUUUCCUAGCUUUUUAUUGUUCCCUUGGUUCUGUCAUAUAGAAUCUUUACUUUCAGAAACUGUGUUUUCAAAGACAUGCUGUUCAUACAUCAGUAUUAUUUCUUAAUGUUAGGAAUUUAUUUUCUUUGACUUUUUUGUCUGGCAGGCCCAAUCAUUGAUGUCCACAUACUGUGAAGCAAUACAAUUUGCAAACUUGACAAAAUUAUUUUUAUAAUGUAUUUGUGUGUAAGUAUUUUAAUGCAAAAGUUGUUGAAAUGUUUCUUUAGAGGCCAGCAGUGUUUAAAGAGUCUUUGGAAAAUGAUGUUCCCAUGUUUGGAAGCUUUGAAAUACAAUUUUAACUGCAUAUCAUUCAGCUUUCAGGAGGCAAACUUUCAUUCCUAAUCCAGUUAUAAAAUGACAGAAAGAGUUGUGUUUUUUAUGGCAAAACAAGUAGACUGCCUCUAACUGUGCCCUGUCAGAACAACAAAAAAUACCCACAUUUGUUGUGAAAUACAACUGUACGGCCUUAAAAAGGUUAUCUUUCUUUCUUAUUGUAUUUUUUGCCAAAGGAAGUCUUGUUAUUAAUGCUUUCUACAG